GAAGGUGAGAAAUGGGAAACCCCAAUUCUAAUCCUCCUCCUUCUUCUCCUUCUGCUUCAAUCCACCAUUUCAGCCACCCACAUCCCUUAGAGUUACAAGUACUCUCUAAAGUACCUGUUUCUAAGCCCAAACCAGUAGCUACAAAUGUUACAGUUUCAUGUGCAGGUUGCAAGUUUAAUGCUUCUGAUACAUUCUAUGCCUGUAAGCCCUGUAACUACAACCUUCAUAUAGCAUGUUCUAAUAUGGCUCAAUACAUCAACCAUCCUGUUGACCCACAUCACACACUUACUCUCCUCCCUGUUCCUGCAUACCCAGAUGGGAAUUUCAAUUGUGAUGCCUGUGGCAGAUCAGGGAAUGGAUUUUCCUACCAUUGUCAGACCUGCAACAUAGAUAUACAUGCUCUCUGUGCUCUUAUGCCAUUGUCUGUUAAUCACCAAUCCCACCAUCACCCACUUACCCUUACCUUCUCACCUCCUUACCAGAGCAAGAGCUUCUCUUGUGAUAUAUGUCAGCAGAUGGGUUCUAAUUAUUGGCUCUAUAGGUGCAAUUUAUGUGAAUAUGAUGCUCAUCUGAGUUGUGCCAGGACAAAGUCCCAAAAACCACUACAGACUCAGACUCAGCCGAUUCAACAACAAAUGGGAAUUGCAGUCCCCCAGCCCAUGACACCACCGCAGACUCAACCUCAGAAUCGUCCGAUUCAUCAACAAACACCAAAGAGAACUGCAAUUCCCCAACAACCACAGCUGGCUCAGGCUCAGGCUCAGGCUCGGGCUCAGCCUCAGACUCAGCCGCAGCCUCAGGCACAGCCGAUUUAUCAACCAACACAGAGAACAGCAAUUCCCCAGCAACAGGCUCGGACUCGGCCGAUUUAUCAACAAACAGUACAGAAUACUGCAGCUCCCCAGCAACCACCAUUGACUGAGACUCAGACUCAGCCCCAGCCUCAGACUCAGCAGAUUUAUCAACAGAGACCUGCAGCUCCCCAGCUGACUCAGCCUCAGCCUCAGACUCAGCUGAUUUAUCAACAGAGACCUACAGCCCAGCUGACUCAGACUCGGCCUCAGCCUCAGCCUCAGCCAGCUUAUCAACAGAGACCUGCAGCUCCCCCGCUGACUCAGACUCGGCCUCAGCCUCAGACUCAGCCAGCUUAUCAACAGAGACCUGCAGCUCCCCAGCAACCACCACAGAUUCAACCUCAGCCUCAACCAAUUUAUCAACAACCAAUACAGAGACCUGCAAUGCCCCAGUAUCAAUCUGGGCCUCAGUUGAGACCUGCACCUGCCUACAUGCCUUCAAACAUGAUUAACCCAAAUCAGGUUAUGUAUGGACCUGCUGGGGCUGGUCAGAGAAGUAUGCAGCCAAUGCAGGGAAAUCGCAAUAGUUUUAUGAACACUGUCCUUCAGAGUGCUGUCACUGGUGCAGCUUCGCAGAUUGGUAGGACUUUGGCGCAAGAUAUUAUGGGUGGAGGCGGUAGUGGUGGUGGCGGCGGCGGUGGUGGUCUUCUGGGUGGUCUUUUUGGUGGUGGUGGUGGUGGUGGUGGUGGAAGGGAGCCAAACCAGUAUAAUGAUUAUGGUAACCCAAACCAGUUUGAUCAGUAUGGAGCUGCAGGGCAUGAUCCUGACUAUGGUAACCCAAAUCAAGUCGAUCAGUAUGGAGGUGUUGAUCAGUAUGGAGCUGCAGGGCAUGAUCCUGACUAUGGUAAUCCAAAUCAAGUUGAUCAGUAUGGAGCUACAGCUCAUGAUCCUGAUCUUGGUAAUCCAAAUCAUGUUGAUCAGUAUGGAGAUGUUGAUCAUUAUGGGGCUGCCGGGCAUGAUAGUGAUUUAUAUCCCCCAAAUCAAGUUGAUCAGUAUGGAGCUGCUGGGUAUGAUAAUAGUCAUAUUGGUGACCCAAACCAGGAUGGGUAUAACCCUAAUGAGGGUGCUUAUGAAGAUACAGGGGCUGAUCAGAUAAGUAUGCAGGAAAGUGUUGAUAUUAGUAGCAGUUAUGAUGAUGGUGAUGGUGGUGGUGGCUGUGAUUUUAGUGCAGAUUUUUCAGCAAGCUAUGAUACCGGUGGUGGUGGUGCUGAUUUUAGUGCAGAUAUUUCAGCAAGCUAUGAUACAGGGGGCGGCAGUGCCGAUAUUAGUGCGGAUUUUUCAGCAAGCUGUGCUGUCAAUGAUUGAUGAUAUGCAAAUGUAUAAGAUGUGUAAUUCAAGAUCCACGGAUGGUGACGGAGCAUACGGUUGGACAUUUAGUUGUGUUGAAGCUUGAAUAAGAGAUUGUCUCCUCGUUUUACCUUCAGUUCACAUGGUUCUUUUCUUGUAAUUUCAUUUUCUUCAAAUUUUUAUUUCUCAAAUAAUUUGUGAACCAUAUGGCAUAAUUGA